CGCGCAAGCCGGUACACGCGCGGCAGUAAGCCAGCGACUUGCGGCGACCGCGGACGCGCAGAAAAACGGAGUGAGCAGAGCAGAGAGGAGAGGAGAGGAGAGCGACGUGACGGGAGGACCCACAACAGAAGCUCUCAGGACUACGACACACACAGAGAACGGGAAACUAACAAAAAAUACAAACAAACAACGGAUCAUAUCUGCGGCGGCUUUUUGGAGAGUGGAGCGGUGCGGACUGUUACGCACGACAGCUUCUCCCUGCGGCACACUGAGCAGAGUUUUUCUGGUCAGGAGGCGCACGGCUCGCCUGCUCUUCCUCGUCAGAAAAGCGGGUUUCCUAGCGGGGAGGUUUACGGAGCAGCGGGACUGAAGGCACGGUGGAGGAGUUGGGAUGUCCUGAGUCAGUCCUUCGGUCCCAGAGAGCAGUUUGCUGAUGGGACCUGCUGCGUCGCCAUGAGCUUGCAAGAUGGCGGCUGCAGCUACGCCAGCAGCGCCAAUAUGGCCACCAUUAGUGGCACCAUGCGGCGCCGCCUGGAGGACCAGGAGUUUGCCCUGCGCGUCUAUCCAGGCUCCCUGGCUGAGGGUACCAUCUACUGCCCCGUCAGCGCCCGCAAGAACACCACCGCUGCUGAAGCCAUCGAGUGCCUCAUUGAAAGGUUGCGCCUGGAGCGUACCAAAUGUUAUGUGUUGGCUGAGGUGAAGGAGUUUGGCGGGGAGGAAUGGAUCCUCAACCCCGGUGAUUGCCCUGUUCAGCGCAUGAUGCUGUGGCCAAGAAGUGCCCUGGAGAACCGCAGUGGCCUGGGCAGUGGGGAUGACUACCGCUUCCUCCUACGGGAGAAGAACCUGGAUGGAUCUAUUCAUUAUGGCGGCAGCCUACAAAUGUGGCUGCGGGUCACUGAGGAACGACGACGCAUGGUGGAACGGGGUUUCCUCCCGCAGCCAGCAGGAAGUGACCCUCCAUCUGACCUGUGCGCUCUCCCUGAGCUGACAGAGCGUGCUCUUUUGGAAAGCCUUCGAGCACGCUUCCGCCAAGAGAAGAUCUACACUUACAUCGGGAGUAUUCUUAUUGUGAUUAACCCCUUCCAGUUCCUGCCAAUCUACAAUCCUAAAUAUGUCAAAUUGUAUGACAACCACACACUGGGGAAGCUGGAGCCACACAUUUAUGCCGUGGCAGAUGUGGCGUAUCAUGCCAUGCUGCAGCGACGAAAGAACCAGUGCAUAGUAAUUUCUGGUGAGAGUGGAUCUGGGAAGACUCAGAGCACCAACUUCCUCAUUCAUCACCUGACUGCUCUCAGCCAGAAGGGGUUCGCCAGUGGGGUGGAGCAGAUCAUCCUGGGAGCAGGACCUGUGUUAGAGGCCUUUGGGAACGCUAAGACUGCCCACAACAACAACUCCAGCCGCUUUGGCAAGUUCAUCCAGGUCAACUAUCAAGAGAGUGGCACUGUCAGGGGAGCGUAUGUAGAAAAGUACCUGCUGGAGAAGUCACGUCUGGUGUACCAGGAGCACAAUGAGAGGAACUACCAUGUGUUUUACUACCUGUUGGCUGGAGCCAGUGAGGAGGAGAGGAAGGCCUUCCACCUGCUCAAACCUGAGGAAUACCACUACCUCAACCAGAUGACAAAGAAAUCGCACAAACUCCACUGGGACAAUUACUAUGAGAGUGAGCUGCAGGACUGCUUCACAGUAGAAGGAGAAGACCUGAAACAUGACUUUGAGCGGCUGCAGCUGGCUAUGGAGAUGGUGGGCUUCCUCCCCACCACACGCAAACAGAUUUUCUCCCUGCUGUCAGCGAUCCUCCACCUGGGAAACAUCCGUUACAAGAAGAAGACCUACAGGGAUGAUUCCAUCGACAUCUGUAACCCAGAGGUCCUGCCUAUCGUCUCAGAGCUGCUCGAGGUGAAAGAGGAGAUGCUACUUGAAGCACUGACAACCAGGAAGACGGUGACUGUUGGAGAGAGGCUCAUUGUGCCCUACAAGCUAGCCGAGGCGGGCACAGUGAGGGACUCCAUGGCCAAGUCACUGUACAGCGCGCUGUUUGACUGGAUCGUCUUCAGGACCAACCAUGCCCUGCUAAACAACAAGGACCUGGAGGACAAUUCAAAGAUCCUGUCUAUUGGAGUCCUGGACAUUUUUGGCUUUGAGGAUUAUGAGAACAACAGCUUUGAACAAUUCUGCAUCAACUUCGCUAACGAGCGACUCCAGCACUACUUCAACCAACACAUCUUCAAGUUGGAACAGGAGGAGUACAGGGCAGAGGGCAUAACCUGGCACAACAUCGACUACAUCGACAACAGCGGCUGCCUCAACCUCAUCAGCAAGAAACACACAGCUCUGUUCCACCUGCUGGACGAGGAGUGCAAUUUUCCGCAGGCUUCCAAUCAGACCUUGCUGGACAAGUUCAAGCGUCAGCAUGAAGGAAACAGCUACAUCGAGUUCCCUGCUGUCAUGGAGCCUGCCUUCAUAAUCAGACACUACGCUGGGAAGGUCAAGUACGGAGUCAAGGACUUUAGGGAGAAGAACACUGACCACAUGCGUCCCGACAUCGUGGCCUUGCUGAAGAGCAGCAAGAACGCCUUCAUCUGUGGCCUGAUGGGGAUCGACCCUGUGGCGACCUUCCGCUGGGCGGUGCUGCGCGCUUACUUCAGAGCUCAUGUGGCUUUCAGGGAGGCCGGUCGCAGGCACACCCACAAAAAAACUGGGAACGAUGCAGCAAUUCCCUGCACGGUCGUGAAAACUGUCGACAACUUCAGUUUCCUUCACCACCCAGUUCACCAGAGGAGCCUCGAGAUCCUUCAAAGAUGCAAAGAUGAGAAAUACAGUAUAACGAGGAAGAAUCCCCGCACACCAUUGUCAGAUCUUCAAGGAACCAAUGCAAUGAAUGAGAAGGCCAGCUGGGAUGGCUACAGUGUUGGAUGUAAUGGUCGCAGCUCCAGGUCAGGUCGACUAUCCUCAUCGGGAAGCCCGGCACUGGAGGAAGACGGGAUUUUCCUCAACUCUACAAACAGCAAGCUUCUGGAGAGAGCUCAGGGCAUCCUACUGAGAAACAAAAACUGCAAAAGUAAACCAGCCCUUCCCAAGCACUUGCUGGACGUGAAGUCUCUGCGCUACCUGAGCAGUGUGACGCUGCAUGACCGCAUCACCAAGUCUCUGCUUCACCUGCACAAGAAGAAGAAACCGCCCAGCAUCAGUGCUCAGUUCCAGGCGUCACUCAAUAAGCUGAUGGAGACUCUUGAUCAGUCGGAGCCGUACUUUGUUAAGUGCAUUCGCUCCAAUGCUGAGAAGCUGCCGCUGCGUUUCAAUGACAGUCUGGUGCUCAGACAGCUGAGAUACACAGGCAUGCUGGAAACCGUCCGGAUCCGACAAUCAGGCUACAGCAUAAAGUACACCUUCCAGGACUUUGUUCGUCAUUUUCACGUGCUGCUGCCUCGGGGCACGAGCCCAACAAAGUCGGGUAUCAGGGAGUUUUUCAGACGGAUCCACCUGCCCCCUGCUGGGUACCAAGUGGGCAACACAAUGGUGUUUCUACGGGAAGCAGAGCGCCAGCGCCUCCAGACCCUCCUCCACCAAGAAGUCCUGCGACGAAUUGUCACACUGCAGCGCCGCUUCAGGGCCGUCUUAGAGAGGAAACACUUUGUCAGCAUGAGACAAGCCGCCUGUGCCAUCCAGCGAUGGUGGCGGUUCUGCCUCGUCAAGCAGUCUGCUAUCGACUUGAGCGUUGAGGAGGGGGCAGCGGUGUGUCUGCAGGCGGCUUGGAGGAGUUACAGGGAGCGUAGGAAGUUCUUGCACUGGCGCGACUCUGCUGUCAUCAUACAGAGAAACUGGAGAAACUGCUGCCAUCGGAGGUCUCUGGCAGCUACAACAAUUCAGACAGCCUGGAGAGGAUUCAAGGAGAGGAGCCGCUACUGUAGAACGUACAGGACUGUGACACAGUUACAGGCGAUGGGCAGAGGAUAUGUCACUCGACUCAGGUACAGAGAUCUAAAAGAGCAGCAAGAGAGACUCAGUAGACAACCAAGUCCACCAGCAGAGAUGGAUGCAAGCAAUGUGGAGGACCUCGCCUCAUCAGGACAGCAAAUUUAUGUCCAGGGUUUCCCUGAAGAACUUUUGAAAGACACUGAGCCUGUUUCAUUUGAUGUAGCAGACACAGAAAAAGAGGAGGACUCAGAGCGAAGUAGGAGCAUCGAUGAUACUAGCCACAAGAACAGAUCAAAACGAGAGAGCAGACGAAUGAGAGAGCUGGAGCAGGCACAGUUCAGCUUGGAGCUUCUCAAAGUGCGAACCAUCACUGUUGGAAGUUCCCUACCAGAAGACCUGAUCCCAGACACCAGCGCCUGUCCGGUGGAUGACCAUCACAGACAUUCCCCGGCUAGUCAUGGAAGUUUUGAACUGCUCAGUGUGGAAGACAUGGAGACUGAAGGUUCCCAGUUGAUUGCUCCUCAAGAGCAACCCCAAACUCUGGACGGUCAAAUUCACGAGAGAUUGAGAGAUUCAAACCAUAAUGAAAAACCUUUGACUGAGCCCCUAACCAAAGUGGAGGGGCCAAGGGCCACAUUUUAUAUUGCUUCUGACCAAAGUCCAAUUCAUGAACCAAAAUUUGAAAGCCCCAGCAAAUCACACAAAGAGAGAAGGGAGUCCACCUCUCGAAGGCCAGUUGUGGUGUUGAUCAGUAUGCAGAAAGAGAGUCCUGUGGACGAGGGAGAGCUGCUGGCAGCCCAAACCCUAGGCAGAGCUCCUGACACAGUAGCAGCCAGUUCCCAAAUGAUCCCGAUUGCAGGCUUGGAGGUAGGAUCAGACAGCCAACAGUCUCACGGGAUUUCUACUCAGGCCAAGAGAGACGUAUUUGGGGUGGAUAAAUCUUUAAAGUUCCCCUCUUCAACCACUCCUGAAGAGAGUUCAGAUGUGUCAGGGAUUUGUUCCUCAGAGGUGGACAUCCAGAUUGUCCUCGAGCCGAAGUCCGGUGUUCCCGCCGUUCUCCCCAGCCAACAGGAGAGGAAGACGAUCCGGCCUGCUCAGGAAGCUCCAAGCCCAGUCCUGGACACUAAACCCCCAAAAGCCCAGAAAAAGAGCUCUGGCCAGACUGUGAUAGUGAACAUGGUGGAGAAACCCUCCACCACUGUGUUUUCCCCACCCAGGCGCAAGCUGCCAUUCUCCAAGUCCGAUAAGGAUUUGGUGAACCAGGAAAGAUCUCUCGCCAUGUUCAGGGAUGACUCCAAAUCUGCUGGAUCCAGAAACAGAGAGUCAUCUCACAAAGACCAGAAGAAGAUCCAUAAGACCAUGUCGUCAGGGGAUCUGGGCAAGGUCGAGGUCCUGAGGAAAACCUCCAGUCAAGAUGGAAGCAGGAUGAGAGGGAAGAUGCGAUUCUGGAGUAAAACAAAACACGGCGAGAAAAAAAUGUCGAGAGAGAAGCAGGCCAGCAGGAGCGACACUGGAGAGACCCAUGAAGGCCUGUCUCCUCCACACAGUCCAGAUUUGGAGGCGGCUCCCUCUCGGGCGGUCAGGGACAGUAAGGAGAACAAGGAGCCGUCUCCUAAAAUGAGGAGGCGUCGCAGCGUGAAGAUCAGCAGCAUCGCUCUGGAACCUGCCCAGUGGCAGAACGACGCCCUGCACAUCCUCACCUCAGCCCACGACUAUCGCAGUAUGAACGACUUCCUCAUGAAGAAGAUCGCUGACUUGGAUUCUGAAGAUGGUAAAAAGGACACCAUGGUGGAUGUUGUCUUCAAGAAAGCACUGAAGGAGUUCAGGAUCAACAUCUUCAACUCGUACUCUACCGCCCUGGCAAUGGAUGAUGGGAAGAGCAUCCGUUACAAGGAUCUCUAUGCGUUGUUCGAGCACAUUCUGGAGAAGACCAUGCGUCUGGAGCAGAGAGACUGGAGCGAGUCGCCUGUGAAGGUGUGGGUCAACACCUUCAAGGUCUUCCUGGAUGAAUUCAUGACCGAGUAUAAGCCCAUGGAAGGAACCAUCGGCAGGGCUCCUAAACGUGAGCGUAAGAAGUCGAGAAAGAAGGAAACUGACAUUGUGGAAGAACAUAAUGGCCACAUCUUCAAGUCCACCCAGUACAGCAUCCCCACCUACUGCGAGUACUGCUCCUCCCUCAUCUGGAUGAUGGACCGAGCCUGCGUCUGCAAAUUGUGUCGCUACGCCUGCCACAGGAAGUGCUGCUCCAAGAUGACCACCAAGUGCAGUAAAAAGUAUGACCCGGAGCUGUCGUCACGGCAGUUUGGUGUGGAGUUGUCUCGUCUGACCAGUGAGGAACGCACAGUGCCACAACUUGUAGAGAAACUUAUCAACUACAUCGAGAUGCACGGCCUCUACACAGAGGGGAUCUACAGGAAAUCAGGCUCCACCAAUAAGAUCAAAGAGCUCCGACAGGGGCUGGACACAGAUGUGAGCAGCGUGAACCUGGAUGACUACAACAUCCAUGUCAUUGCCAGCGUGCUCAAACAGUGGCUCCGUGACCUGCCCAGCCCUCUCAUGACCUUUGAACUGUACGAGGAGUUCCUUAGAGCCAUGGGUCAGCCAGACAAGCGGGAGGUGAUCCGAGGUGUGUAUUCAGUGAUCGACCAGCUCAGCAGGACACACCUCAACACACUGGAGCGCCUCAUCUUCCAUCUGGUCAGGAUCGCCCUGCAGGAGGAGACAAACAGGAUGUCAGCCAACGCCCUCGCCAUCGUGUUCGCUCCCUGCAUCCUUCGUUGCCCCGACACCAUCGAUCCGCUCCAGAGCGUCCAAGACAUCAGCAAAACCACCGCGUGUGUGGAGCUGAUCAUCAACGAGCAGAUGAGCAAGUACAAAGCUCGUCUGAAGGACAUCAGCAGUCUGGAGUUUGCAGAGAGCAAAGCCAAAAGCAGACUAACCCACAUCAGGAAGUCCAUGAAACCUGUACUAAUUGCUGUUAGGUUUAUGAGCAUAACCCGCACUGCCACCCCGCCUAACACAGCUAAACUUAAGGGCAAAAGUCGUGUCCGGCAAAGCAGCAGCCACACACCCUCGCCUCCCCUCAGCCCCAGAGCGCCCUCUCUGAUGGAUGGAGAGACUGCAGGAGGAGGAGGAGGAGGAGGAGGAGGAGGAGAGGAUGCAGCAGACGCUGGGCUGAACGAGCAGCAGCAGCUGGCGAUGCAGCAGGAGGAGCGAAUCCUCACAGAGCAGAUCGAGAGUCUGCAGAAAGAAAAAGAGGAGCUGACCUAUGAAAUGUUGAUCCUUGAGCCGCGGGCGUCUGAUGAUGAGACGCCUGAAUCUGAAGCCUCUAUCGGCACAGCAGACAGCUCUGAGAACAUCACCAUGGAGACGGAGGGAGCCACCUCAGACCCCUCUGAUCGUGGCACAUACCGAUCCAGAAAGUCCGAGGCAAAGAGCAGACGAGCUCUGCGCCGCCAGCCCGACUCCCAGGACUCGGCAGACUCCACCUCUACCAUCUCCUCCUCCUACCACCCUUCCUCCUCUCUCUCCUCUAACGCCUCCGGUUCUCCGUCCCCUCACUAUCGGUUCCGCUCCUCCUCCUCUGGGCCCCUGCUCACUUCCUGUGGCCUCGGGGCCCCGCUGGCAGAGGCAGAGGGGGGCAACAAAACCGGCAAGACGCGCCACAGGCUCCGACUGAGCCGCAGCUCACCACGCGAGCCCUCGGGAAGCCACCGGAGGGAUUCGGACUUCGGCUCAGGGCCACAGCAGCUGGUUCUGUACGGCAGCAAUGAGUUCAUGGUGUGAUGCUGACGGACGACAGAACGCCAGGCGCCAACCUUUUCGAGCGGAGGAGGGUGUGAGAAGGGGAGGGGGCAGAGUCCGGGGUUGAAUGAGGCUGGUCACUGGGUGAGGGUUACACUCAGUGUCGCCUGCUGCCCCUCCUCGGUGCACCACCCCCCCUCCCCUGGUUCCGGUCAAAGUGGAAAGAUGUGACAAAAAAGAGAGAAUUGAGGUUUGGCACAGAUGGACAAAGCAGCAGAAAGGUGGAGUGAAGAGACGUGAGCGAUGGUGUUUAUUGACCCUCUGAUCUGAGCACUGUUUGACCCCUGCUGGAGCACCGGGGGUCGGUCAGAGGAGACGAAGGGAAGGACAGGUGGUGAGACAUGGAUAGAAAAGCCCACACCUGCAAAGCCAAAUCAUACAGUGCCCCGUCUUUAUUUUUUAGCAUGUGGGCAGGUGGUGAAAGCCACCCAGAAGAAAUGUAGCCAUACUGAACUGAACUGGCGGACAUUUUGUCUGUUACCAGCGCCAAGCUAAUUCUGCUUUUCACGUUUACACAGGACACACCAGCCACGAGGCUGCAUGCUUGUCCAUCACACUUUUUCCUUCAUCAGUUUGAAGAGACUGUGUCGAAAUCUGUUACAGCUGUAUGUUACAUAUUGUUAUUAUUAUAAUUAUUAUUAUGUUACAGAGGAAAAAAGUGUAAAUAGAAAGAAAGUGCAGUGCUGCUCCUGGGUUGUUCAUCGUUGAAUAGUCUCUAUUUCCUGUUUUGCAAAGUGAAGUGUCUGGAAUUCAGGUUCCACUUUUGUUUCUGUGGUGGUUUUACUUGGUUUACCGCCGGUUUUUCUCUUUUCCUGUUUCACAGUGAACAGAAACCGUUUUGGGGUGUUCUCCUGAGAAAUAAUAGAAGGAAAAGUCGCCGAUCCGUGUUCACGGCGUCAGGUGUCACAUGAACUUGACCUAAAGUUUCAGUCAGCCGUAAGUGUUUGGUAUUUCCCUUCCCCUGCAACCUUCAAUUAUUUUUCUUCUGUUUAAUUCAGAAACAUCAGUGUUACUGCAUCAGAACUUGAAUUUUUUAAUAUAUAUUAUUGCUGUAUUAUAGGUGUUGGUAUUGAUAUCAAAGAUGUCAUGUUUUAGUUGUCAAUAUGAUUUCAUGUUUUUUUUGGUUCAGAUGAAAGCCAUCUUUUCCUCUCCCAUCUGUAUUUGGUUGCGUGUCUGAAUGAAUAAUUCCUUCCACUGUCAGCUCCCACUUUGUGCAUGUGUAGGCUACACACGCCUACACCAGUGUUUCCCCGUAAAUGUUCUUCAUGUAAGGGUGAAAAAAGACUCCACAGCCAUCAAGAGACACUAAAACUAACUAACUUAAGAAAAGGCUUUAUUAGUCUGAGUUUCAUUGAACCUGUGGAGGAACUGUUGCACUCAUCUGCACGCUCAAACCGUCCAUGAUGUCCUCUGAGCCAUGCAAAAUACUCUCUUCUUCUUCUUCCUCGCUCUUCCAUCCUCUUCUCCUCCGGCUCUGGCUGUGAAAAGUAGCAUUUAAUCUGCGUUAUCCAGACAAAAACUAGUAGCAACUAACUCAGACCGCCUUCCUGUUUCGGCAUAAUCUUAAGUCCUUUUCUGUCCACACAGUAUCGUAACAGUCGGUGUAACGUUGAGUUUUGUGGGCCUCUACUCAGUAGCUUAAGAGCAAUGAUGUCUCUAUACUAAAGCUGCAAUAUCUCUCCUUGCUUGCUGCGUCUUUGAUCAGAUACUUCUGAGUGACCUUUGCUCGGAUCUCACCAAAACAAUCAGUGUUAAUUUCCUUGAAGCUGGAAGUUUCAGCGAUGACUGUGCUGAUUUCAGUUUUAAUGCAGGUGUGGAGACUUGCCGUGUAAACUGUAGACUUGUUCAGACAAAAGGUGAGCUGAAGGGACAAAACUGAUCCCUGGUCAGAUAUCUUAAAGCUGAUAUUUGAUGGGAUGCUGUUUGUGGUGUACGUCAAAGCUGUCCGUAUGUCAUUCUGUAAGUAAGAGAAAAAAAAAAAAAAGAAAAAAGUGAAUGUACCUGUCACUGGAAGGCAUGCUCUGCUUUCUCUGGUUGUUUUUGUUCCUCUUUUAUACACAGUGUAUGUACUAUUUAUGAUCAUGCAUUUGGGAUGUACAUUGGUUUUAAAGAAUCUGUUAUUAAAGGAUAUAUUAUCCUCUGUACGGUUCAUUAUCUACUAUUAACCAUGACAACAUUUUAACAGGCCUCGGUCAGUCAUUUUUGUGCUACAAAGCGAGAAAAAAAAGAUGCAUUGUGUCUGUUUGUCUGCGCCACUCUGGACACGGUUAUGUAUAUAUAAGGUGCAAUUUGUGUUAUAUUUCUUUUUUAAUGAUAUAAACAUGUCUAUGGUUGUAAGGAAAAAAAGACUUUAUGGGGGAAAAUUCAUCUGCUUAUUAAAAAAGCAAAACUGCAGCCGAACACAAA